AGCUACAGAAAAUAGAACCAGAGCAUAAAAAUGGCAUUGCUAGAUAUAGUAUUUGGUUUUAUGACGUUCAGUACUUUUGUACUGGGAGCGUCAAUGUUCGUAUUAGGAAUUUUGGCAUUUAAACCUGCAGUAGACAUAAACACGGUGGACGUCAGAGAUCUUCUUGAUUCAAUUACAGCAUCUUCUUUUCACGUUGGCAUCAUUUUCGUUUUCCUCAUUGUUUUGUUUACACUAUCUGGCUUAUUUCUUUUGAUGGCAGUUGGAUAUUUUGCAUAUGGAUGCUGUUGUAAAUCCAAGAUUGGUUACAAAAGGUAUGGAUGCUUAGUCCUGGGAUUCUCUCUAUUGACAGGUGCAAUCUUUGCCUCAACUCUCACAGUAAAAAUCGUUGUGGAAAGUAAAAUACAAGAGAGAAUGGGUGAAUCGUUCAAAGAUAAUUAUGUGGGCGAUACGCUUACCAGCAGUAACUCAAUAUCGAAUGCCUGGAAUUAUAUGUUUAUGACAAUUGACUGUUGCGGAGUGAACUCUGUUCAAUCAAAAACAAAUGACUUUGAUACAACACCUUGGUGUACUUAUUCGGGAACAUGCCAAGAGGGAAACUCGGAGAUUCCCAAAACUUGUUGCUUAAGUGUUGACGAAGACACUUAUUUACUUGCUCCAAAUGACUGCUACGCAAGUGUUACAUCGGGAACAUACAAUACAAAGGGAUGCUAUGAUGCUCUUGAAGAUAAGGUCUUUAUGGAAACAACAACUAUAAGCAUUGUUACAGGAUUAUCGACUGUCUGUGCGAUAAUAAAUGGUGUCCUGGCGAUUAAAAUCCAUAGAAAACCCCAAAAUAUGAUAAAAUCCACAGACGCCAACGAUGAAACUGGAUCUCAAAGAGAUAUUGAUGAUUGAUAAUUCUACACACAGCAACAAACCUGUUGCUAAAGGAUAUAAUUUAAUACGUAGUUAUAUGUAGUUGGAUUUUUUUUAAUACAUAAUAUAAUAAACGGUAUCAUUAAAUCACAAUCAGUAGAAUCAUAUCUACAAGUGUGAAAAGGUGUGCAAAAAAAAAUAUAAUGAUCGUCUUUUUUAUGAAACAAAUAUGAAAUAUACAAAUCAUAGAGAGAAAGAGAGAGUGGGUAACAUGAUAUCGUUAAUGUUCAAUUUUUUAGGUCCUUGUUUGCUCUGCUUUUAAUUUGUAUUUCGCUACAUAGAUUUUUGAGACAGUUUACAGUUUGUUAUUGUCAUUUAUUACUUUACUAAUACAAUGAACAUGCAGAUUAUUAUAUCUUUUGGUUUGUUAUUGUCUAAGAUUUUUUAAAUUUGGAAUUUACAAGCAUUACGAUCGAUUUUGUUCUGCGAAAUCUACGGAUUAACCCCAAUUUUUUGUAAAUCAUUUUUGAUUAGUGAAAAAGUGCAUUAAUUUGAUAAUUUUAAGGAAUGUUUCAACAAUUUCUCUCAUAAACGAAAUAUCUAUUUCAAGCCCAAGCAAAAACUUCAAAAUUUAUGAUAUAUAACAGGAUUUUUCUUAAAAAUAUUUUUGAUUUAAUGUCAUUAAUCACCUGCGUCUGUGCAAGUUAAAUAGAUCAUAUGCAAUACGAAGAUUCGCCCUUCACGUGAUUACAAAGUUAAUAUGACGUAACAAAAUUUCAUCAAAUAUAAUGUUUAACAUGGUAGUCAAUAAAUGUAACACAGAUUUUAAAAAAUACUCCCGGUCAAAGAUUUUUGCGAUGAUUCAAACAAUAUCGUUUUCCAGCCGUAUUUUAGCCCCGGGACGCCUUAACAUUGCUGCGUACGCUUAAAUCUACAGGUCAUGUGUAAAAAAAACCGGAUGAAGUAUAAACAAAAUCUCAUAUCUCUAGUAUAAACUUUGUAACAUUACAGAGGCGAUUCUUAUGAUAAUAAUUGGUACCCUAUAUUGCGUUUUGUCUAAUUUUAGCAAAGUUUUGCUUGAUCACAAUCCACCCAGGGGUAAGAAAUAUUUUGUGUUUAAGAAUGAUCAUUCUAUAGCAACCUUUAAAAAUUUGGACUACAUUUAUAAUAUCACCAGAUGUUUUAAAAGAGAAUCAUGUUUUAUAUUGAAAUAAACUGUCAUUUGUUAA